GGUGGGGAAGGAGGGGGAGGGGGGAGAGCGGCCUGCUCCUCCCCCCUCCCCUCCCGCCUCUGCCCCUGCCCCGGGGCGGCGGGUGGCGCUGGCCGCGGCGGCUCGGGGCUCAGUGUCCUUGUGCGGAAAUGACACACGGUCCCGUCACGUCACGCGAGAGCGCAGCGCGCGGACCCUCGCACACAAAGAGCGGGGGGGGGGGAAAACGCGGGCACCAGCCACGGCCGCUCCAGCCGCCCCCCCCGCCGUCCCGGGGCUCCCGUGCCCCCGCGCACAGCCGAGUGAGAUAGAAGAUGAAUUCAGCUGAAAUCACUGAUGAUGAUGAAGUAAAAAUUCCUACAAAAACUACUGUGAAAGUAGAGACAGAAAAUGAAGAUGAAGCUCUGGACUGCUCAGUGACCUCCAGAUCUGCUGAGAAACACUCACUGGAUGGCACAGUGACCUGCCUGCAGGAUUCCAGCAAACGCAAACAGACCUCACUGGCUUGUGAUGGUUCAGGGAGCCAGCAGGAUCUCUUACCCAGCGUGAAGAAAAGACGCUUUGCACAAGAGGGCCCCCUUUCAAACAUGAAGAACAGAGACACUGGCUCACCCACUCAGGUAAACACAGAGCAGCCAAGCAAGAACAAGACCCCCAAUGUAACGUGGCUCUUGGAGGAAGACUCCUUCAACGACAUCACCACUCCAUCCUACAAGAAACCUCUCUAUGGCAUCUCACACAAAAUCACCGAGAAGAAGAACCCGCCGGGAGCUGAGCAGUUUGCCUCUUACGAGCUGUUUGAAAAGAUCAACCCCAGCAGCCCCUCACAUCUCCGGACUCUGAACGACCAACGCAAAAGGGACUCGGCGGCAGCCAUCGCCCUGACGGCGGCCGCCGCGGAUUCCGACCCCAACAUCUACUCUUUGAUACAGAAAAUGUUCUACACGCUCAACACCCUCAACACCAACAUGACCCAGCUGCACAGUAAAGUUGACCUCUUGUCUCUGGAGGUUAGCAGGAUUAAAAAGCAAGUCAGUCCAGCAGAGUCCGUGGCAGACUUCAAGCCUCCCCCAGAGUACCAGCUGACUUCUGCGGAGCUCAAGCAAAUCAUGGAUCAGAGCACGUCAGGAGGAGACCUGGCUUGCCGCUUGCUGGUGCAGCUCUUCCCAGAGCUCUUCAGCGACGACGAGUUCAGCAGAAGCUGCAGCGCCUGCGGCUUCCUCAGCAAGAGGAAGCUGGAGUCUCUCCACCUGCAGCUCAUCCGCAACUACGUGGAGGUUUGCUACCCUUCAGUGAAGAACACGGCCGUGUGGCAGGUGGAGUGUUUGCCUCAAGUCAAUGACUUUUUCAACAGAUUCUGGGCUCAGAGGGAGAUGGAAAACAGUCAGCAGAAUGUGCAGUCAUCCAGUUUCUAUGAUGCUGAGCAGGUCGAGUCCUCUCAUUUCAUGGAGGAUAAAGAGCAGGAGGAGGCAUUGUCCUUGGACAGGAGCAAUGCCAUCGCCUCAGACUACAUGUUGGAUGCUCAGGAUCUCAACGAAUUUUUAGAUGAAGCUACUACUCCGGGGGAGUUCUGUGUUUUUUUGUUACACAGGUUGUUUCCAGAACUCUUUGACCACAGAAAGUUGGCUGAAAGGUACAGCUGCUUCGGGGACUCGGGGAAACAGCUGCUGGAUCCGCAUCGGCUCCAGAUCAUCCGCAGGUACACCGAGAUCUACUUCCCAGACGUGCAGGAGGAAGAGGCCUGGUUGCAGCAAUGCGUUCAGCGGAUAAACGACGAGCUGGAAAACGCCUACAUGGAUGGGAGUGAAUGUGACCAGAUGAGAGAUGACUGUUACGAUUCCUCCAGCCUCCCAGACGAUGUCUCCAUCAUCAAGGUGGAAGACAGCUUCGAAUACGAGAAGCCUGGGAGGCGCUCAAAAAAAAUUUGGCUUGUACCCAUAGACUUUGACAAACUCGACUUUCCCCCUCCUGAUUUUGAUGUCCCCGUCCCAGAUUACCUGCUGAACAAAGAACAGAUCAAAACUAUCUAUGAAAGCAGCCUCUCCAUAGGCAACUUUGCCUCCCGACUGCUCGUGCUCUUAUUUCCCGAGCUGUUCACUCACGAGAACUUACGGAAGCAAUACAACUGCAGCGGAUCCCUGGGCAAGAAGCAGCUCGACCCCACCAGGAUUAAGCUGAUACGCCAUUACGUGCAGAUACUGUACCCCAGGGCGAAGAACGACAGGGUGUGGACGUUGGAGUUUGUGGGGAAGCUGGACGAGAGGUGCCGGCGCAGGGACACGGAGCAGAGGCGCUCGUACCAGCAGCAGCGCAAGAUCCACGUGCCGGGGCCGGACCGCAGGGAGUUCCUCAGCUACGUCAUAAACCCCGAGAGGUUCCGAGAGGAGUUCGAAGGGCCCCCGCUGCCGCCCGAAAGGAGCAGCAAGGAUUUCUGCAAGAUACCACUGGAUGAACUCGUCGUUCCCAACCCAGACUUCCCCGUGCCUUCUCUGUAUCUGCUGUCUGAUAAGGAGGUAAGAGAGAUCGUGCAGCAGAGCCUCUCGGUCGGCAACUUCGCCGCCAGGCUUCUCGUCAGACUCUUCCCCGAGCUCUUCACGCCGGAGAAUCUCAGACUGCAGUACAACCAUUCAGGUGCUUGUAACAAAAAACAGCUGGACCCCAUCCGACUGAGACUGAUCCGUCACUACGUGGAGGCGGUUUACCCUGUGGAGAAAAUGGAAGAGGUGUGGCAUUAUGAAUGUAUCCCCAGCAUUGACGAGAGGUGCCGGCGGCCCAACAGGAAAAAGUGUGAUAUACUGAAAAAAGCCAAGAAAGCGAAAAAGUGACAGCCUCUGGGAAGCCCUGAGAGACUUUGACCACUAAGUUAUUGUCAGGACUGUGCUUUGGUUUAGACUGAAGGGCCUGAUGGGAGCUGAGGGCGUUCAGCAUCUAGGACAGUCAGGCGCCGCGUGUGUUGUGGUUUGAUGUGUCUGUCGCAUCCCUGUGGGCACCGCAGCGGUGGGAAGUGGCUUUUACUACUUUUGUAAGUGGUGUCCUGGUUUAGGCCAGCAAAGCACCAGGCAGCGGCUCGCUCCUCCCGCCCCGAGUGAGAUGGGGAGGAGAAGAGGCAAGAAAAGGGCUGGAGGGUGGAGACAGGGACAGGGAGGGUGCACUCAGCAGUUACAGUCAUGGGCGAAGAGUAGAUUCAGCUGAGGGAAACGGCAUCAAUUUUGUUCAAACAACAUUGCCACCACCAAUUUACCAGUCAGAUCUGAGCAGGACAGUGAGAAGUAACCCCAAAUCUCAAAAAAACCCUUUCCCUGCUCCUCCCUUCUUCCCAGGAUCAGCUUCAUUCCACAUGUCUCUACCUCCUCCCCCCACGGUGGCACAGGUGGACAGGGAACGAGGUUGUGGUCAGUUUGUCACACAUUGUCUCUGACACUACUUCCUCAGGAAGGGGACUCCUCAUACUCUUCCCCUGCUCCAGUGUGGGUCCCUCUCACAGGAGACAGUCCUCCACAAACUUCUUCAAUGUGAGUCCUUCCCACAGGACUGCAGCUCCAGCUUGGAUCCCUUCUGUGGGGUGCAGUCCUUCCAGUGAUGGACUGCUCCAGGGUGGGCUUCCCUCACAGUCAUGUCCUUUGGAUGCAGUCACCUGCCCCAGCAUGGGACCCUCCAUGGGCUGCAGACAUGCAUCUGCUGCCCCAUUAACCUUCCUGGGCUGCAGGGGAACCUCUGCAGCCAUCUCACCACAGGCUGCAAGGCAGUCUCUGCUCUGAUGCACUUCUCCCUGUCCUUUACUGACACUGGUGUUUGCAUGUUUCCUCUCCUCCACUCCCUCAAAAAGCUUUGCCCACCAGGUUUUCCCUCUUCAAUGUGUUACUGCAGAUGCACUGAUGGGCUCGACCUCGGCCAGAGGCGAGUCUGACUUGGAGCUGAAGAAGCUUCUAGAAGAUGACAGGAGCCACCACCUCUGUAGCACCUCCCUCUCUACCAAAUCCCCACCACACAAACCCAGAAAGCAUGGGGGGAAGGCAUCAGUGAUGGAGCUGUCAGUGAGCUCAUCAGAGCAUGAUCCUCACUGGUGCAGACAGAAGUAUUGAACCUCCAUUCCUCUGGUCUCCCUUUCUGCAGCUUCCCUUUUUUAUCACUUUCUAGUAAUGAAGAGCUGUGGUGGGCUUUUUUUUAAUCAUUGUGCUCUUCGGGGUCAGUUCUUUGUUAGACCCUUAGGAGCAAUCUUGUUAGUGAAUUUGGGGUUUGAAAUUUAAACUGAAUUUCCAUUUAAAAGUGCCAUGUCCAUUGGAAAUCCUUGGAAUGUCAGACUUGACUCCUGCAGUCACUGCAGCUUCCUGUUUGUUGUUGAUGAUGUUGAGGUACUGAGAAUAACAACACUGUGUGAGAGGCUGGGGCUGAAUGGUGUCAUUGGCAUUGCUGACUGUUACCUAGGGUUGCUUUCAAAACCCAAGAAUUAACUGUUGAAGAAUUGAGAUGUGAGCACAGACACUGUGAAUGUUUUCUUUUGUCCCUACUGACACCACAAGCCUGAUCCUGCCCCGCUGAGUUCUCUUUUUAUUUGUCCGGUGUCACUGCUGGUGUGACUGAGGAUGGCUCACCUGAGUAAAGCCAGCAGGACAGACCCUAUGCCCCUGGAGUGCUUUGCCAUCACCUGCUUGCUACUCAUGUUUCUAAAAUAACAAAGGCAACAACAUCACAGAGACCUGAAACCAGAGCUUAGAAAAAUUACUCUUGGUCAAAAUCAUGAUUCCAAAGGUUUCCAGUGUUCAUAUUCAGUCUCCUAGGGAAAAGGUAUGUGCAAAGGCUGGGCUGGUGAUGGAGCUGUUUCAGGGUCCCCGUGGCUGAGCUGUAGCAAUGUCACCCAUUCUUUGUGUGGAUGUUUUGGGUGCAGAGAUAAAAACUCCCUCCCUUUGCCAAACUGACUUAGUGUCACUCGUAGCUAUCUGGGGGCAGAGCUGUGUGUGUGUAACUUAGGGUCGUGUGGUCGAGCUUGCGCCGUGAACGUGACCGGGCGUGACGGAGCCCACCCAGCCCCCACUGUGAAUUUGCUGUAUGGCUCAUCACUGGAGAGUGCUGCUUUAAAACCAGGUUUCCUCUUUUUUCUUUGGUUUUUUUUUUUGUUGGUUGUAUUUUUAAUACUGAUAGAAGUGGCGAGAGAGAGUCAAAUGUGGGUUUUUUAGGACAGUAAAGGCAGUGCUCACUUACUGACCUUCACCGGAACACCUUGGAGCAAUUGCUGAUGUUCUCUGUGGUCCUUUUGUUGUUGUUGUUGACUUAGAUGGGUGAUAGUAGCAAAUUUUAAGUCAGUUCCAGUGUAAUUUUCUAUUUUAGCAUUUGUAAGAAAGUACAAAAUACUUGAUAUUUUUACUUCAGAUGUUUAGAAUUUAUUCUUAGAGUCCUAUUGAGCCCUUCCUUUGGAAAGCAAAAUAUUUGGGGUUGGUUUGGUUGGGUUUGGGUUUUUUUCCUGAUGGCAAGAACUAGUAAAAGUAUUAUGUUAAAUUGGGAGUAACUCCUACUAGAUGGUAGCAUUUGCUCGGUAUCCCCCCCACCUGCUAGCAACAUCCUCCUCAAAGAAUGUAUGAAGAAAGGAAUGAAUGUACUAAAAGAACACACUGAGAACUGUAUAGAUCCAGUUCAAGUGUUUCCUGUUGGUUUAAAUAGUAGCAGACCAUGCACAAAGUGGAUUAGCAGAGCAAAUCUGGCUGAGAAUAAAACAAAACAACAUAUUACCAAAGACGAAAAAACCACCACCCUGACACCACAAUGUCUGCAUCUUCAUUCCAGGGCUUAAAGUUAGCAACUUGAAUGUAUCAGAGACCCAAGACUUUUCUCUUGCAGUUGUCUGCUACCCAGCACUUCUGUGAUUUAUUUUGUUUUAAUUAUUGUUUUUGUUACAUGCACUUUGAUGGGAGAUAGAAAAAGGACAGGAAAAAUAUUAACAGCUGCUGAAAUUGGUGGUUGUGGAUGGCUGGCCAGAAGGUAAGAAAUGCAGCGCUGCUUCCUUACCUUACAGCCAUGCACGUUUCACCACUUGGUGAUGAUCAGGUUCCCAGAAGAAUUGGGUCUCUGGUGAACUUUUCUGCACCUGACAGAUGUUACUAACUAGCAUCCAAUUUGAGACAUGCUCCAGAUGUUGACAGUGAGUCCAAACCUCAGUUUGCUCAUAUUUUAUCUACCAAGGAGUGAAAGAAACAAAUGUCACCUUUUAAAUCCUCCCCCCACACGCUUUUUUUCUUUCAGUGGGUAUAGAAAGGUUUUCAUUGGUUUUUCCUCUUCUAAUUGCUGUGUACAUUCCUUUUAUCUCACUCUUCACAGCCCUUUGGUGAUUCAUUUGAUUGUAUGUUUGAGAGCUGAUCUCAAGGAAAUGCAGACAUGACUGGUGACACAGUUCACUGAUGAAAGCUCUUGCAGUGCAUCUCAAGUACAGCCACUUCAUCCAGUUGGUCAGUCUUGUAAAUAAAUUAAAGGUAUAUUAUUUUCAUACAAGAGGAAUGUUGUCUGGUGAUUGCUUGAGCACAAACAGGGACCUUUGUUUGUCCCCUGUGAAGCCUG